AUGUUUGACAAUACUUUUAAAAUUUGUAGAAUUUUAUUAAUUUUGUGGUUAUGGAUCCUGAAGGCACCUAGCUUGGGAAUCCAAGCGCAAACCAGUCAAAAUAUCAAUGUGUUUCUGAUAAAUGAAGUGGAUAAUGAGCCAGCGGCCAAGGCAGUCGAAAUUGUUCUAACCUAUUUGAAAAAGAAUCCCAGCUAUGGUUUAUCGGUACAGCUCGAAUCAGUCGAGGCGAAUAAAACGGAUGCUAAGGUACUGCUGGAAACAAUUUGCAACAAGUAUGCAAGUAGCAUCGAGAAGAAACAGCAACCCCAUCUCAUACUCGACACUACCAAAUCGGGGGUAGCCUCUGAGACCGUAAAGUCCUUUGUUCAGGCACUGGGAUUGCCCACCAUCAGCGCCAGUUAUGGACAGGAAGGAGAUUUGCGUCAGUGGCGUGACAUCGAUGAGAGUAAGCAAAAGUAUUUGCUGCAGGUAAUGCCACCAGCUGACAUUAUUCCUGAGGUGGUUCGCAGCAUUGUGCGCAAAAUGAAUAUUACCAAUGCGGCCAUACUCUAUGACGAUACCUUCGUCAUGGACCAUAAGUACAAGUCUCUGCUACAGAAUAUCCAAACCCGUCAUGUGAUCACUGCCAUUGCCAAGGAUGGCAAGCGGGAGCGCGAGGAGCAGAUUGAAAAGUUACGAAAUUUGGAUAUAAACAAUUUCUUUGUGUUGGGGAACCUCCAGUCCAUACGCAUGGUGCUGGAGUCAGUAAAACCGGCAUAUUUUGAGCGCAACUUCGCCUGGCAUGCGAUUACACAGAAUGAGGGCGAGGUGAGCAGUCAGCGAGAUAAUGCGACCAUUAUGUUUCUGAAGCCCAUGGCCUACACACAAAAUCGUGAUCGCUUGGGCCUGUUGCGUACCACCUUUAAUUUGAACGAGGAACCACAAUUGGCAUCGGCAUUCUAUUUCGAUCUGGCACUGAGAAGUUUUCUAACCAUCAAAGAAAUGCUGCAAUCGGGCGCUUGGCCAAAGGAUAUGGAGUAUCUAAACUGCGAUGAAUUUCAGGGUGGCAAUACACCGGAUCGUAGUAUUGAUCUAAAACAGUAUUUUACACAGGUUAGCGAACCAACAUCCUAUGGAACCUUUGAGCUGGUCACGCAACCGGGCAAGCCAUUUAAUGGGUUCAGCUAUAUGAAGUUCGAAAUGGACAUAAACGUGCUGCAAAUAAGGGGCGGUAGCUCAGUCAACAGCAAAUCGAUAGGGACGUGGACGGCUGGACUGGACUCCCCGCUGGUCGUAAAAGAUGAGGAACAAAUGCGAAAUCUGACCGCAGACACGGUCUAUCGCAUAUUCACAGUUGUACAAGCUCCAUUUGUAAUGCGUGAUGAGACGGCUCCUAAGGGAUACAAGGGUUAUUGCAUCGAUUUGAUCGACGAAAUUGCCGAUAUAGUACACUUCGACUAUACCAUACAGGAGGUGGAGGAUGGCAAGUUCGGCAAUAUGGAUGAGAAAGGAGAGUGGAAUGGCAUCGUAAAGAAGUUAAUUGAUAAACAGGCGGACAUUGGACUCGGUUCCAUGUCUGUUAUGGCAGAGCGAGAGAUUGUGAUCGAUUUCACAGUACCUUACUACGAUCUUGUGGGAAUUACAAUAAUGAUGCAGCGACCCAGCACACCAAGCUCACUCUUCAAGUUCCUAACCGUGCUGGAGACAAACGUCUGGCUGUGCAUAUUGGCCGCAUACUUCUUCACCAGUUUUCUGAUGUGGGUGUUUGAUCGCUGGAGCCCGUACAGCUAUCAAAAUAAUCGCGAAAAGUACAAGGAUGAUGAGGAGAAACGUGAGUUCAAUUUGAAAGAGUGUCUUUGGUUCUGCAUGACUUCACUGACACCGCAAGGAGGCGGCGAAGCGCCGAAAAACCUAUCGGGCCGUUUAGUCGCUGCCACCUGGUGGCUAUUCGGCUUCAUCAUCAUUGCCUCCUACACGGCCAACUUGGCUGCCUUUUUAACCGUAUCGCGUUUGGACACACCAGUAGAAUCGUUGGAUGAUUUGGCCAAGCAAUACAAAAUCCUGUACGCCCCCUUAAACGGCUCUUCGGCAAUGACAUACUUCGAGCGCAUGGCAAAUAUUGAGCAGAUGUUCUAUGAGAUAUGGAAAGAUCUGUCCUUAAAUGAUUCGCUGACGCCUUUGGAACGGUCCAAGUUGGCAGUCUGGGAUUAUCCGGUUAGCGAUAAGUACACCAAAAUGUGGCAGGCUAUGCAGGAGGCUCAAUUGCCGGGAACGCUGGCGGAAGCAGUGGCUCGAGUUCGCAAUUCAACUACAGCUACUGGGUUCGCGUUUCUUGGCGAUGCCACUGAUAUUCGUUACUUGGUAAUGACCAACUGUGAUUUACAAGUGGUGGGCGAGGAGUUUUCAAGAAAGCCAUACGCUAUUGCCGUGCAGCAGGGCUCUCAUCUCAAGGAUCAGUUUAAUAAUGCCAUUUUAACAUUGCUCAAUAAACGCCAACUGGAAAAGCUUAAGGAGAAAUGGUGGAAGAAUGACGAAGCUCAGGCCAAAUGCGACAAGCCCGAAGAUCAAUCGGAUGGCAUAUCCAUACAGAAUAUUGGUGGCGUGUUCAUCGUCAUAUUUGUGGGUAUAGGCAUGGCCUGUAUUACGCUGGUCUUUGAGUACUGGUGGUAUCGGUACCGCAAGAAUCCCCGCAUUAUAGAUGUGGCUGAGGCCAACACUGGCAGCAAAGACGGCGGCAAAUUGGCCGAUGGCGUCAUAUUGGGACACAGCGGCGAGAAAUUUGAAAAGUCGCACGCUGCAUUGCGGCCACGCUUUAAUCAAUAUCCGGCUACCUUCAAGCCGCGUUUUUAG